UGUUGUGUGCAGAUUACACGCCUAAACCAGCCAUAGAACAAGACCCAUCAUUUGAGUUUUUCUACACUGGUGAACAAGUCCAGCUUACUUGUGACAUGCCAGGUGCCGCAUGGGAAUAUUAUUGGUACAAAGACUCAAAGACAACAAAACCUUCUACUGCAAAUAAAAAUUACAUCAUUAAUUCAACAUCGGUCCGUGACACUGGUGAAUAUUACUGCAAAGCAAAGAGACGUCACUUCACAAUCCAAAGUGAGAGGAAAAAAGUGCAAGUUAAAGCUCUUUCAGCAACUUCUCUGAACCUGGUCACUGAAUUGAGUGACAUCAUCGCUGGAAAUAUCCUGACACUGAAUUGUAAGGUGUUAGAUGAUAAAACAUGGAACUACACCUGGUUUGAGAACAAUCAGGAGCUGAAUGAAUCUUCAAGUACAUUAAAGGUCAAAUCAACCGAAGAAACUAUUAAAAAUGAAUUUAAAUGCAGAGGGAAAAGGACAGAACGACCGCUGUACUCCUCUUGGAGUGAUCCGUUCAUGGCAAAUAAUAUUUUGUUCAAAAGAAAAAUACUGCUGGCCAUUUCAGGCUGUUUUGUCUGCUGUAUUGUUAUCUUGAUCAUUGGAUGCAUCGUACUGAAGGUCACUCGUAAACCAGAAAAGAAAGAGCCAGUUCAUGAAGACCUGUUUAUCUCACUAGCAGAUUCCAAGAACCAAACUACUUCACCCUUGACGGAGUACAUGGACAAAAAACCAAUAGAAAAAGAAUCCGAGGAAAAAGAAGAACUGCAGCUGGAUCGUAUUUCAGUCAGUCAUGUUGAUGGUGUGAUAAAGGAUGAAGAUUCACCAUCAGCAGAAACAUCUGGCCUAACAUCUUUUAAAUAGCAAUCUAAAGCAUUUUGUCAACAAUCAACAUCAGGACGAAGCUUCCCUCUUUUCUACUAAAGCAGUUAAAGUAGCACGCGCAUUUUUAAGUAAACUGCAUUAUGUAUUAUAGCAUAGCACUUUGUCUAAGAGCAAUUGCACUUUUUUAUACACUGCUGAAUAAAUGCUUAUGUUUGAGACUGGACCAUUUUUUAUAUUGUAAGGUUUUGUUCUGUGUUUUCUUGUGUUCUGUGUGUUUUUGUUAUUAGGACUUUUAUUUUGACACCCUGCUCUGUUCUGACUUUUAUUUUGAUAUUCAUCAUGCCAUGUCACGCUUCACACUUCCUGUCUGUUUGGUAUUUAAGCACUUCCUGUAAACCUGUUCACUGCUGAUUAUUACAUUUGUAUGUUAGC